GAGGAUGAAUCGCUAGAUGAACCCCGACAGAUGCCGUAUGUAAGCAAUGGACAACCUAUAUACUGCACUUACAUUAUCCCUAAUAUCGCGCAACAAAUGUUUUGCAAUAUCCCAUAUUCAUGAUGAUACAGAGGACUUGUCCACUGAUUAUUCUAGUAUAGUAAGUAAUAGCUUUACAACCAAUGUUCUUAUCAACCAGUGUAACUUUACUAAGGAACAAAUAGCUAUUAUAGAUCUAUCUCAAGUGCACACUACUAUAGAUUUGAUUCAGCAAAUGACAUAUAUAGAUUCAAGUGAUAAUCACACAUAUUUGAAGAAUAUCAUCCUAUGGCAGAAUGUACAACAUCUAUCCUUAGCUCAACAUAAAUCAUUAUACAAGCUUAUGCUACAAUUGGAUCAAUAUGAAGCAAAUCCUUCAGAAAAUUAUCCUAUUUCAAUCUCAAUUGAAGAUAGAGAAUUGGAAAUCUACAAACCAGAAUUGUUCACUAUAAUUUUGAUUCUUGAUUAUAAAUUGUAUCAUAACAAAUUGUACAUUUACCUUAAGGAGAAAUUCUGGUUUUCGAUUAAUUACGUAAUAAACGUUGAUUCAACCCAAGAAUAUAGUGCCGGAAAACGCCACGAGUCAUAUCAACAAUAUAUUCUCGAUUCACGCAAGAAACUACAGCAAAUAUUCAUUGCUCCUGAUAUUAAGAAAUACAUAUACUCCUUGAUUGUCCAUAUCCGAUGUCACAGAUUGGCAUCUCUCUCACCUAAGCUGGUCCGAGUGCCCACAAUGACGAUAGACUAUGUACUGGACAUGUGCAAGGCAUUAUUAGUGUACAAGGAAGUACCAGAAAUGUAUCUAACACCAGAUUAUGUCAAAAUUGCCAUGAGAAAAAUAGGGUAUUGGCUAGUUGAUUGGGAAUACAACGAGAAGUUUUGUAAGGAAAAUGACGACGAUGAGUAUUAUAAACGGUUAGAAAUAAGUAUGCUCACUGGUGACUGGUUCGGAAGUGAUUACUUUUAUGCUAAUGAAUACAUUAAACAUUCACGAGCAAAAGUUGAUAAAGAAAGCCCUACAGGGUUUACUAAUAGGAUAGUGGAAGAUGUUCUAACCUCGGUUAGACCGCCAUUGUAGAUGAUACAUAGCGUAUAUAUAUAUAGUACAAUUGUACUGGAUCU